AUGGGCGGCCUCCGCCUCUCCGCCUGGGCCGCCGCGCCCUCCCCCUCCCCCUCCUCCGCCGCCGCGCGGGGCUUCCCGCGGUCCCCGCCGGACUGGCGCGGGCUGGAGCGCGGGAGUGGGCGCGGGCGCCGCAGCCGCUGCGCCCCGUCGUCCCCGCCCUCGGCGUCGCCGGCGCUGUCCCUGGGCGCGGCCGGCCGGCUCCGGGUCGGGGCGGACCGCGAGUGGCUGUGGGACUGCCGUGGCGGCGGCCUCGGGGGAGGAGGGGGGAAGAAGGACUACGCCAAGGAGAUGGAGGCGGCGGUGCGCGUCGUCCAGGUGGCCUGCACGCUGUGCCAGCGGGUGCAGGACUCGCUGCUCCUUGCGGACCCAGGCUCCGGCUCUGCCGGCGUCCACUCCAAGCUCGACCGCUCUCCGGUCACCGUCGCCGAUUGGGGCGUGCAAGCGACAGUCAGCUGGCUACUCUCAGAUUGCUUUGGUGAUGAAAGUGUGUCGAUCGUAGCAGAGGAAGAUGAUAAGACACUGUCUAGUAGCGACGGCACGGCUUUGCUUGAGUCUGUUGUCUCUGCAGUCAAUGGUUGCCUGGUUGAAGCUCCAAAGUAUGGGCUGAGAUCCCCGGAGAAAGACCUCGGGGCUCACGAUGUUCUUCAAGCUAUACGGAAGUGCAGCUCUACCGGGGGUCCAAAAGGAAGAUUUUGGGUGCUUGAUCCUGUGGAUGGCACACUUGGUUUUGUGCGUGGGGACCAAUACGCCAUUGCCCUCGCCUUAAUUGAAGACGGGGAAGUUGUGCUUGGUGUUCUCGGGUGCCCAAAUUAUCCAAUGAAGAAGGAAUGGCUCAACUACCACCAACGAUACUACAGGUUGAUGUCUAAGGUUGCUCCCCCUACAUCAGGAUCGUGGAACAAGGGUUGCGUGAUGUAUGCUCACAAAGGAUGUGGCCAGGCUUGGAUGCAGCCAUUGGUUCAUGACUUCGGUAUGCUUAGUUGGCAUAACUCAAGGGAGGUUCAAGUAUCAUCCGUCAGUGAUCCAGUUUCAGCAACAUUCUGUGAACCUGUUGAGAAAGCCAACUCGAGCCAUUCCUUCACUGCAGGACUUGCCCAUAGUGUAGGCUUAAGAAACCAGCCUCUGCGUGUGUACAGCAUGGUGAAAUAUGCUGCAAUAGCACGAGGUGAUGCUGAAAUCUUCAUGAAAUUCGCUAGAGCUGGAUACAAGGAGAAGAUAUGGGAUCACGCCGCAGGGGUGGUCAUCAUUCAAGAGGCUGGUGGAGUGGUAACAGAUGCCGGAGGUUGCCCGUUGGACUUUUCCAGGGGUGUUUACUUGGAGGGUUUGGACAGAGGCAUAAUAGCUUGUUCCGGAGCGUUGCUUCAUCAGAGAAUUUUGCAAGCUGUUGAUGCAAGUUGGAACUCAUCAACGUUGUAA